UUUCCUUUACGGCAUUGCCGGAGUUGCUUCGUUAGGAAAAUCGAACUACCAUGGACUACGACUCCGACUCUUACAAUGAUAUAGAAAUACGGGAGGAGAACGAACCUGGAUCCGAUCACGGUUCAUCUUCUAUCUUAGAGAGCUGGGAAAAACGGCGCCAGUUGCAGCGAUUAGAAGAGAAUUGGCAACCGCUGUUAAUGCACUGGAAGUCCGAGAUGGCGGAUGACAAUCGGUUUAUCAAAGAACUUUGCAGGAUCGGAAUUCCACAAACAAUGAGACCAUAUGCGUGGUUUUGUCUCUCCGGUGGUUACACCUCAAUGCAAGGAUUGGAAUAUCUUUAUGGAAACUUGACACGCCAACAAGGAGAUCCAAACAUUAUGGAAGAAAUAGCCGGGGAUCUUCAUCAGCAAUUCUCAUCCCACAAAGACUUCGGGGACCAAACACCGGGACGAGAAAAUCUGUUUUCUGUGUUAAAGGCUUUCUCUCUUAUGGAUAACGGAAUUGGAUACUGUCGCGAACAAGGGCCCAUUGCCGCUUGGCUUCUCAUGCAAAUGCCAGCUGAACAAGCCUUUUGGACUCUCGUCGGUAUUAGUAGAUAUCGUUUCGUUAAUUACUGCAAAGACAAAGCGAGAAUGUUGCUACAAGACAAGGAAGUUUUAUUUGACCUCUUGAAACGAUAUUCGCCGAUCGCCUACAAUCAUCUCGUAAAGAUAAAAAUCGAUCCGAGAACAUACAUAAGCGAAUGGUUCUUGAAUCUGUACACGCUAACUUUACCCCCUGAAACUUUACUUCGUAUCUGGGAUAUGUUUGUCUACGAAGGACGUGAAAUUCUCUUCAAAGUCGCUCUCGUAUUGAUAAAAGGUUGUCUCGGGAGGCCGGAAUUAGUACAACGCUAUUUUACGAUCCACGAAACUCUCGAAAUAUUGAAACAACUGCCCCAUCACGUUGUCGACAAAGAUGCCUUAACUCGCGAGGUCCAGGCAAUAGACUUCAGCGAUGAUAGCUGGCAGGGAGAAUCCGCCGGGCAAGCGCUCAAAAGACGAGCUCAAGAUCCAGCUGCAGAAAUCGAUCCGAGAAAACGAAAGCUGUAAAUCGAGGUUAAGAGAAAUGAGCUUGUUUGAAAAAAUUGAUGAUUUUGUCCUAGCUCAGUCAUUUAACUUUUGAAAUGUUGGAAAAAUAAAUGUUGCAAAUUAAUAAAGAGAAUCGAUGCCAAUAA